AUGUUGUUAUUCUAUCACAUGCUGGCCGGAGCCUUUCUUCCGUUCUUCAUCCUUUCAGGAAAUAGGGUUUCAGCUGAGAACAUCAACUUUUACAAUGUGAGACCUCCACUAGACCCCACUCCAUUUCCAAACAGUUUUAAGUGCUUUACUUGUGAUAAUGCAGUGGACAAUUACAACUGUAACAGAUGGGCUGAAGAUAGAUGGUGUCCUGAAAGUACUCAGUACUGUUUGACAGUUCAUCUCUUCACAGACCAUGGGAAGAGUACAUCAGUCACCAAAAAGUGCGCCACUAGAGAGGAAUGCCAUUUUGUAGGCUGCCACCAUCACAGGGAAAGUGGCCACACAGAAUGCAUUUCUUGCUGCGAAGGCAUGAUUUGCAAUGUAGAAAUACCAACGAACCACACAAAUGCAGUAUUUGCUGUAUUGCAUGCCCGAAGAACGUCAGAUGGCAGCAAGCGGACAGUCAAUGUUGCAGUGCUUGUGUCAGUCAUGAUGACCAUGCUGUUGUGA